AUGGUACUCUCAUGCUAUCUCGGUCUGUGGACUGCGGCCUUUCUCUCCGCCUCUGCCGAACAACUCAUUCCAGUUGUUAAAAGAGACAAUCCUGCUGUGAUCACUGCGAAAGUACAGGCGGCCCCCUCAUCAGGGAUCCCCGCGCUCCAAGCAAGGGACACGAUUUCAGGACUGGCGUCGAAACCUUCGGGUGGCUAUUGGCUUAAUGUGACGAUUGGCACGCCGCCCCAACCCGUUGCGCUGCUGGUCGAUGCGCAGGGUACAGAUGUUGAGGUGAUGUACCCUGGCCCCGACAACGCAGACUGUUCCGACUUCCGCUACUGUGGGCUAUACGGACAGUUUAUUCCCCAGGAUUCGUCUUCUUUCUCUUCGGAUGACGAGGAAUGGCAAUCAACUUUCAGUGCACCCCACGGCUUUGAUACAAUUGGCGUGGACGGUUCAAAAGCUACGAAUAUCUCGCUGCAGCUUGUCCCUAUCGACAACCCCUCGAGCUACAGUUCCCUCGGCGUCGGUCCAGACAAUACCAGCUUCCCCUACCAACUGGUAGACCGCGGUCUAAUCAACACCCCAUCGUUCAGUGCGUGGCGAGAUCAUGUCUCGGACGAAGACGUAGAACAAGACCCAAAGAACAGCAGCAGCGGCGGUAUAAUAUUCGGCGGCAUCAACGCCGCCAAAUUCAACGGCCCCCUCCACUCCUUUUCCUUUAAGGACUCCCUUUCCGACGAGUUCCUUUCUGCAAUGACCGUUCCUGUACACGGCGUUCAAGUCCACGUCGAUCCUGCAUCCACCGCAAAUUCCACCGCGGGCGCUCCUAUAAACUCGACCUUUGACGAAACCCUCUUCGACAUCCAAACCAGAUACGUUACCACCUACCUCCCUCUCGACGCCGCCAUGGCAGUCUACGACGCGCUCAACAUCACCAGACCCACCAAGUCGAAUGGGCGGUAUCCUACCCCCGAACUCCCCUGCCACCGCAGCUCCGAGAACCACACCAUAACCUUCUUAAUCGGCUCCGCAGCGUUCGAUAUCCCCUGGACUGCAUUCAUCACGCCCGCCAACAUCCCCAGCGAAGGCAACUGCCUCUCCCAGAUUGACAUUCCCGACGGGCACGGUACGGGCCUCACGGGGUCAUUAGGGAGCACACUGUUGAGCCAUCUCUAUCUUGCCGUAGACUACAAUAGUAUGAUGGUCGGGCUGGCCCCCAUUAACCGGACUCCGGGGGAGGAUGAGAUAUUGGAGAUUGGGACGGAGGCACCGCAGCUUCCGGGGGGUGUGGGGGAUUUCCCGGAGAGCGUUACGGCUUACACGCCGACGCCAACUGGGUCGGUUGCGACGGAGACGUCGGAUGGGUGGGCGGUUAUGCAAACGGCGCCUGGCUUAUUUGCGGUUGGGGGGGCUGUGUUGGUUGGGUUGAUUUAA